CUGGCUGUAAUUUGUCCAACCUCCAUGGGUUUCUGUCUCUUUUGUGGCUGUUUUGUCUCUUUAGUAAGGUUCCAGCUUUUCUAAACGUCGUGGACAUUGCUGGUCUGGUGAGUGGAGCUCACUUGGGACAGGGACUGGGAAACGCCUUUCUCUCCCACAUCAGUGCCUGUGACGGCAUCUUCCACAUGACUCGUGCGUUUGAUGAUGAGGAUAUCACCCACGUGGAGGGAAACGUUGAUCCAGUGAGGGACAUUGAGAUCAUUCACGAGGAGCUGCGACUAAAGGACGAGGAAAUGAUCGCUCCAGUCAUCGACAAACUGGAGAAACUGGCCGUCAGAGGAGGUGACAAAAAACUCAUGUCUGAAUAUGAAAUCCUGAUGAAGAUCCGGCAGUGGAUAGUAGAGGAGAAGAAACACGUCAGAUUUAACCAUGACUGGAACGACAAAGAGAUUGAGGUGUUGAACAAAUACCUGUUUCUGACAUCCAAGCCCAUGAUCUACCUGGUUAAUCUCUCAGAGAAGGAUUACAUCAGGAAAAAGAACAAGUGGUUGUUGAAAAUCAAGGAGUGGGUAGACGCUCAUGAUCCCGGCGCUCAGGUUAUUCCUGUGAGUGGAUGUUUAGAGUCCAAGCUGCAGGAAAUGGAGGAGGAGGAGAAGAAAAAGUACUGUGAGGAGGUGAAGACGCAGAGUGUCCUGCCCAAAAUUAUCAAAAGCGGCUUCUCGGCACUACAGCUGGAGUACUUCUUCACAGCGGGACCAGAUGAGGUGCGAGCGUGGACUAUCAGG